AUGAAUUUCUUGGAUGAUGAUUCUUCCACGUACUGCUCUACGCGUACCCCGCGAUCACUGUUAACAUCGCAGAGUCCAGAGCGGCAGGCGGGUAUUCAUGGAGAACAGGUGGAACCCCGACAGGCACCGGAGCAUAUUUGGCAAAGAGAAUUUCCCUCUUCAAAGAGUUCAUAUCCCAGUACGAAAUUGUCUGUGAUGGAAGCCGUAAAUGGGAAUGAUAGAGAAUUCCACAGAGAGGAGAAACUGAAUGGCGGUGUGAAUGGUAUUUCUUCUAAUAUAGGAAAGGUGGUAGUAGCAACGGAAACUGCAGACUCAUCCCCUAUUAUACAAAAAGAUAGUGUUGUAUCUGUUGAAGAUCAACUGAAAUCUCCUGUAAACGGUAAUAAAGAUGGUGAUGUGGAGAAUGUACCUUCACCUACGCAUGAUGAUGGAUCGGAAACCUCCUCUAUUGAGUUUGUAGUGGAUGAGACCGCCUCUCGUCUCUCUGGAUCGCCGUCGCCGAGUAGUAUUCAAUUUGUGCGUGAUCCCUCCGUAGUCACUCAGCGGGAAACGAGUGUGAGUACGAAACGGAAUAGUGUUGUUAUGCCUCCUCCUCCUCCUCCUCCAUCUAGUGAGAGAAUAGGGGAUACAAAUACGGUGAAUAUUCCAGUGGCUAAAGAGGUUAUAAAUGAUAAUGAAAAGGAAAAUAUGAUUGAAAAAUAUGAAAACAUUGAAUUUCGUAAAGUUGAUUCUAAACGCAGUGAAGAAAAGUUACGGGCAUCUUCAUUGGAUAAGAAUUCCAAGACAUUUUCACAAGAAGAUCGGUUGGAUAGUAAACAAAAACGACAACUUUCUUCUCGUGAAGGUCAAUUUACGGAGGGAAGUAUUCAUACAGAAAAAGAAAUACCAUAUGAAAAGAAAAUGGGAAAGAAGAAGAAAUCUUCAGGUGAUUUUGAAAAUCGUGGUUUCUCACGACAACCAGAAUCCGCAAAACGAAGAAGUUCUCAAAAUAGUAGCAGAGAUAGUAGUAUAACACGAGAACCAAGAAAAUAUACGAAAGGUAAACAUAAUAUGACGUUUGAGCGAAUAGAGUCAUUAGGAAGAGAUACAUCCUCACAUAACUCUACCUUGUGUCAUGGCACAAAUCGUCAUAAAAUAAUGGUCUCUUCACAUGGAGUUCCAUCAUCGCCGCGUCGUGGGAAAAAUGCAGUCGUUUCUCGCGUUCAUGAUCACAGUCGAAAUAAUAAUAAUAAUAAUCAUCAUAAUAAUAAUGUGAGCAAGGAUAAUGGUACACCUAUUCGUUAUCAACGUCAAACACCGCUUCCUGAGAAUGUUACAAUUGUAAGUCCCGCAUUGGAACGUCUUCGACGAUAUAAAUAUUUAGAUACCCCAUUGCGUGUACGUCAAGAGCGUAAACAAGAGUUAUUAUCUAUACUCGAAGAUGAGAUGGAAGCUGUUCGUGAGGAAGUAAGAGAGUGUGAUAGGGCUAUGGAACAUGCAAUGUUGCGUAACCCGUAUGAACGAUUAUAUCAUAUGAACAAUAGACGAGAUCGGGAUGAGCGACGAACACGAUUAUUACAUUAUAUGAAGUUAAAAGAAGCCCGAGAAGAUUUACUUGCAGAAGAUGAAGAAACAUUAACACAACGUCGUGCCAAACGACGAGAAAUGGCCCGUCGUCGAAAUGAAUUAUAUGAACGAUUAUAUCAAUCAAGUCCCUCACGAGAAAAUAACAGUCGUAAUACAUCACGGCAUAGUGCUCGAAGUGUAUCUCCCUCAUAUGUAGUGGAUGAUUCCUUCUUUCUUCGAUUAUAUGAUGAGGCAUUAGAGUCUAUAGAAGAGAAACGAGAGCGCAUACGUCAGGCGGAAUUACAUCGACAACAAAAAGAAGCAGAAGAAAUGCUUCACGCACGUAUUCUUUCACAUUUGGAAUUACAUACUUCUCCACGACGUGCACGUACUCCACAUCAAAUGGAAUUACAAGCUGCUAGUAUGAAACGUAAACUUUUAGAAGACCCUGAACGUCUUCGUAAGUUUCUUCACACUAAUAAACUCAAAAAGGAAGAAGAAGAACUUCUCGCCUGGAGACUCUCACGUCAAGGUCUUGUAGAUCCAGAGAAAUUAGAAGCAAAAAGGCAGGAAAUAGAAAUGGAAGAAUGUACAUUUCAUCCAAAAACAAACACCUCAUAUCAAAUACAGGCCCUCUCUGCAAAUUCAGAGGGAUACAGAAAAACAACUGUGGCAUUCAAGAAUAGAAUAAGAAAGGAUGAGGAGAACUCAACAAGUGAGAGAAGUGGACAACAACGGUCCUACUCUCGUACUCAACAACGUGCAUGUGAACAGUUGUAUGCAAAGGCAAUAAAAAUGCGUGAAAAACAAAAACUCCUCGUGGAGGAAGCUCAAAGAGCGAAGAAAUUAGCCUGUUUAAAAAGUAAACUAAAGGAAGAUCAUCAUUUCCGUCGUCGUGUAGAAUUAGAUCCAUCUUUGGCGGAACGUUACAUGGCAUCAUUAGUGGUUUGA